UGAAUCUGGGGAGUUUCGGGGCGUCGUAUUGGCGAUCAAUAAUUUACAAACAUUGGGUGUUGUGGGUGUUCUAUUUGAUAUUUGUUAAAUUGCCGGAGAUUAAUUGACAAAAACAUGUAAAAAUACACAAAGUACAACACUGUGAUUCCACUAGAACAACGUGUCAUGGUGUAGCAAUAGAAAAAGUAUUAUUUUUUAUAUAAACUUGUGCAAGAAUAUGGAAUUAUGUGCAUUAAAGGGGUACCAUUUCUGUGCUUACUUUUGUGUCUUGUUGUAGUGAAAGGUGCAAAAAUAUCAGAAUUUGGUGUCGAUGUUGGACGUAACUUAACACUGCCAUGCCCAAUACAGGAUACCAAGGAUGUUAUGUGGGUCAGGGAGGAACGAGAAGACCACCAAAUAUCACACAUGCAAAUUAUAAACAACGGUUCUUUGUUUCUUUCUUCAGUUGAAAAAUCGGACGCUGGGAUUUAUGCUUGUUAUAAAGCAAACAGCGUGGACGAUGAAAAGGCUAGAAUGAAAGUGGUUGUGAAGACUCCGCCACCGGCUUUGGGAAACGUCUCUGUGAGGCCAAGUUCCAUAAUUGCUUUGAUCUUGUGGGAGGUCAAUGGGACUGGAGGAUAUCCUAUUAUUAACUUUACUGCUCAAUACAGGUUAGCUGGUUCUGAGGGGGAAUGGUUACCAAUAUCACCCAACCAUAUCACACCAAAUUCUAGACAAAUCGACGUGUACAAACUGCAGCCUAAUACAAGCUACGAGUUUCGAAUCUGGGCUACUAACAAACUCGGUAGGGGCGAGAUAACGACAGUUAUAGGUACAACAUCACACGAGUAUCGCGAAGAAGAAUUGGCUCGGCGUAUGUUAGCUGGAGCCGAUAAAUUCGACACGAGAGUGUGGGCCGUAGCCGUGGGUAUAGUCAUGGGAACACUUAUUUUACUCGGACUGGGAACAUGUUUCUUAUUGUACCAAGAAUGUCGCCUUCCUAGUGAUUACUUCGCAGUUCCAGAAGAACAAGAGAUUAUAGAACUAGUUCCAAACAUUAUACUGAACCCCGGCUUUGAGGGCAACUUGCAAAGCGAGCAAAUGCCCGCCGAUGAAAAUUCUAACAAUGAGACGCCUUUGCGUUUAAACAAUAAUACGGUAGUGCAGCCUAGGAACGUAUAGUUUUUUAUUUGUUUUUGUAAAAACAGGAAACUCGGACACAGUAGGUUGGUACUCCAGUUCAUCUCGUAUGCUUGUGUUCAAGGGCUUUGCCUGGUCAUAUUGUGAUUUAACGUUAGAUAUGUUAAGUUUUAUUGUUUUUAGUUGAGUUGGUUUUGUUGCGAACAACUGCAGUUACCUUUAUUCUAGUCAUUUUUCGCAUAAUUUUAGAUCAAACUGUUUUGUAGUCUGCGCUUUUACAAUACAAAUUUACAAAAAUAUAAUGGCUUCCAGCGUAUACACGAUUGGUUGUAAUUGUUACAAGUCACAGAUCUGCAACAUAUUUUUAUAAACAAUUUUCUAGCCACUGAUUUGUUCCAAAUCUGGUGAGAUUAUGGUUUUUGUACCAUUUUACGGCCACUUAUUUCGUUUUAAUAACCUCAUCAAACCCAAAAAUAAAACGAAUUUCAUAAUUUACUUACGCCAGUAAUAAAACCACAAACAAUGGGCUUUUAAAACACGUUAGUUGCACAAACUACAGUAAUUAUCAUAAUCUUUUCAGAUUUGGCGAUUAUUAAUUCAUUUGAUUGAAAGAAGGGAAAUAUGUUGCUUUUUUCACACAGAACGCUUAAAAGACAUGUUUAGUUCUACACUCGGAGUUGUGAAUACUUAGUUCCAAGUACAAGGUUGGCUUAGAAAUCUUGUACCAACAAAUAGAUGGUUACUUGAAAGAGGUUGUAAUUUUUUUAUUGUGCCUAAUCGUUGCGGCAAAUAAUAAUAGGUAGCAUAUCUUUUCAAGCAUGUUAAUACUCGUUUAUUUAACGCAAUAAUUUUUUCUUUAACUUUCUUCAAUGAAAACCUAUAUGUUGUGAAAAUGUAUCAGUGCCUAUGAUAGUUUGAUAAUACUUGUAAUAGCUUUGAGCACAUUUUGUGACAAAAUAAUUAUAAUAAUCACAGACUGAUUUUUAAUUUUCUAAUAUAAUAUAGAAAGUAAAUGCGUUGUGCAUUUAUGUCUUAAAAGCUUUGUUGUAAACUGUAUGGCAUUGUGUAAACGUUGGUUUCGCGGAUCUGAAUUUUAAGCAAUGGAUUGUAAGAUAAUAAACUAAGGCUCAAAAGAUUACGUGUUUCUAAUCCAAAUCUGUCUAUAAGUGGUUAGGGUUCAUUCAAUCAUUGUUUGUUUUUCCUCACUUAUUUUGCGAGAUUUUGCCGAAAUUGGCCGAAAAAUUGUAUAACAGGAUAAGAGAAAUAAACGAAAUAAAAAUAAACAAAAAUGAAAUAUUAAAUUAAGUUGUACAUCUAUACAUUCGUGAACCUGAAAACUCACUUCUUUUUAGAAAUUGAGUUGAAAAAAAUAGUAACAAUAACCAUUUAUAGAUAGAUUCUACAAAUAAAUCAAUCGGUGUUUACAGUUAAUCGAUGGAAAUUGUGGAAAUCAUCUUACAAGCUGUUAAGUAAUCUCCCAAACUUAAACAGUUUAAAAUAAAAUGUAGAAAAACUAACACAUCUGGAAAAUAGGGCACGUGAAAAUUGUUUUUGUACUUUUAUUCCGUUGAAAUAAUAAACUGUUUCCCGCCUACUCCAAGAUGAAUUUUGGGAGAUUAAAAAACACAAGCACUCAUUGACUCAUCUUACACGCCAUCAGUCGAGAACAUUGCAAAAUUAUGAACACUCUAGUGAUAAAAAUGAUAUUCCAAUGAACUUGGAAAAGUUGUUAUGGAACAUAUUAAAAUUUGAAAUACUUAUUGUAGGUGCAUACAUAAUACUUAUUUACAAACAAAACUCCUUGAAUGUUUACGCCAAAAACUGGAGACGGUCUAAAUGAUCACUUUUAGUGAUCGGGCGGUGAACAUUGUUGGACAAUUUGCAUUUGUUUCAUGUUAAUAUGCGAUAGAUACGAUCAUAUUUAUACAGUGUGCUUUUAUACAAAUACCAUUUUACUUGUAACGUGUAUGUCUUUGUAUUGUCAUAUUCAUAUCUACAUAAAUCGAUGUAUAAAAUUAAUUUUGAUACAAGUUAUCAGUGAUACCUAAUCGGCUUUCGUGUGUUUAAGUUUGGUCAUCUGUGUAUACUAAUUGCUUCCUUUAGGUUUCAUCAUCCACUUGGCUUUGUAACGUUAGAUGAAAUCUUAAAUAGGGUGAUCUUCCACGUGCGAUUUUGCAAAGAGAGGUUUGACGGUGUUGUGAGCCCCGUUUUGUUACCAAAUUAAAUCUAUACAGGGUGUCGCCAAUGUAAGCUUGAAACUGUACAAUUCUUUUAAUAUUUGUUACACAUUUCUAAGGGCACGCUGAUAAGAAUUGGAGUUGGCAUUUAAAAAAUCCAAUAAAAAAUAAAACUAUUAACUAUUAACAAUAGGUGCGCUGUUGUAAUAACCCAUUUAAAAAAUCCAAUUACGGUUGCAAUUUAUGAAAAAUAAAUUAAUUUGAUCAUUGUUUAAAACUAUUAACAAUAGGUGCGCUGUUGUAAUAACCCAUAAAUCAAAUGGAAAAAUAAUUGUUUUUCCAAAGAUGUGCCUUUGUACUUUGAGCUGGUUAGCCGGUUCGAAUGUCAAAAUUUUCAACAUUUAGGGGCGUAAUAGCAAAUACUAACCACAGUUUUCUGUAAUAAUUGUGCCAACAGUCACACCAUCGCUCAUAUUUCAAACAUAUCACGAAACAUCUCAUCACUUUCUCUUCUCAGCCUUAUAGAACUGUGUCUCAAAUAUCCGUUUAAUUUCGGCUUUGAUCUCUCAACCUGCUACCAAGCGUUGUAAAUUAAGAACAAGUGCUUAAUUCUAAUAGAAUUCGGAAAAAUUUUAUAUUAAAUUUUUAUAUGAUAGGUAUUUUAAUAAUGGUUGUGAGCAUUACCUGACAAUUUUAAUUCUCUUAGAAUUAAGGCUACGUACCAAGUUAGAUUAACAUUGGUUAGUCCAUUCAGCUUAAUUAUUACCGCAUAGAUAUUUUUGUAUCAUCUCGAAUACACUUCAAUUGUUCCUUUUUGUGUUUUGUUGGAUGAGUUGCUUGCCAUAUGUACAUAUUAUUAUGCUAUUUAGUGUAAUAAAACAUUUAUUGAAAACGU